AGUUGCAUUGGAGAGGCUCGGGUUUCCUUUCUUGUCCCUUGUCAUCUGGGUCUGAGUGUUUGCUGGAAGAAAGGUACCAGGUGUGGGCAUCUGCGUGGAGCUGGCUCUAUGGGGCCAGAGGUUUGCUGGGAAGGGAGUGGUGUGUGAUCGGUUUUAAGUAUCCCGUUUGGUGAUUCUGCUCCUGGGGGCCUGUUUUGGGUGUGAAACAGAGGAUCCUCUUUGAGCCCAACUUAGGUCCCUGUGUCCACGGUGAAGAAAAAGUAGUUGGAAUCUUCCCAGGCUAAAUGGAAUAAAAUAGUAGACUUAUCCGUGUAGAUGAUACAACCCAAUUCCCAUUCCCUCGAGAACAUCUGGAAUGAGUCGUAUUGGAUACAGCCAGCAAGUCUUCCUUCAACAUUUUGAGAGCAGAUCGCAGAUCAGGUUGUGAAGGUGAAAAUGAGUUCUUCAGUAAGAAGAAAAGGCAAGCCAGGCAAAGGAGGUGGAAAAGGGUCUUCUAGAGGAGGAAGAGGAGGCAGAAGUCACACUAGUAAAUCUCAUGGGGGUGGCAGCAGUGGCGGUGGCAGUGCUGGCAAUAGAAAGGCCUCAAGUAGAAUUUGGGAUGAAGGUGAUGACUUUUGUAUCUUCACUGAAUCAAGGCGCUUAUCCAGACCUAGCAACAGUAGCACAAGAAAAGGAGAGGCACGCCCCAAAUGGAAGCCUGAAGCCAAAGUGCCACUUCAGACCCUGCAUAUGACUUCUGAGAAUCAAGAGAAAGUGAAAGCUCUUCUCCGGGACUUGCAGGAACAAGAUGCAGAUGCUGGAUCUGAAAGAAGCAUUUCUGGGGAGGAGGAAGAUGAUGAGCCUGAUUGUGAUGAUGAACAGUACUGGUCUGCUGGACGAGAAGCUUCCCUUGUUCCAGACUGUGAGCCAUUGGAAUAUGCUGGCUCAGGCCCAGUGGAGCCUCAUAAUCCAGAAUUUACAGUCUCAACAUUUGCAGUGCAGAAACUUUCCAGGUAUGGUUUCAACACUGAACGCUGUCAGGCAGCCCUGAGGAUUUGUGAUGGAGAUGUGGGGGCAUCACUAGAACAUCUGCUCACACAAUGUUUUUCAGAGACAUUUGGAGAGAAGAUGAAGAUCUCUGAGGCAGUUGCCCAUGUAAGCGUGGAAGAGUGUGUAGAACAGCGGCAGGAAGAGGCAUUUGCUCUCAAGUCAAUCUGUGGAGAAAAAUUUAUAGAAAGAAUUCAGAACCGAGUCUGGACCAUUGGAUUAGAACUGGAGUAUUUGACGAGUAAAUUCUGCAAAUCCAAGCAAAAGGAAAGUACCAAAAAUAUACAGGAGACUACUCUUGAAAUCUGUAAAUUUUACCUCAAAGGAAAUUGUAAAUUUGGAUCAAGAUGCAAAUUCAAACAUGAAGUGCCCCCAAAUCAAAUUGUCGGAAGAGCAGAAAGAAUUGUAGAUGAUUCUCAUCUUAAUGCUCAUGAAGAUGCCUCUUUUUUAUAUGAACUUGAAAUCCGAUUUUCUAAAGACCACAAAUACCCUUACCAAGCUCCCCUUGUGGCAUUUUAUUCUACCAAUGAGAAUCUACCUCUGGCUUGUCGUUUACAUAUUUCUGAGUUCCUUUACGGCAAGGCCUUGACAUUUGCAGAAACUUCAGAACCUGUUGUAUAUUCUUUGAUAACCCUUUUAGAGGAAGAAUCAGAAAUAUUCAAUUUACUAACAAAUACCCAUCACAAGUACAGUGUCCCUCCUGUGAACUUUAUGCCAGUAUCCUCUGGAAGAAUAAACAAUCCUAUCUGUCGUAAACCAGUGAUCCCAAAUAAUUCUUUUACAUCAAGUCAAAUUGCUGAAGUUGAAAAAGAAUCAGAACCUGAGGAGGAGACAGAUGAGGAUGAAGGUCCUGCACCAGUUAUAGUGGAGAAUGAAAGCUAUGUGAACCUUAAGAAAAAGAUUUCCAAAAGAUAUGACUGGCAGGCAAAAUCAGUAUAUGCUGAAAAUGCUAAAAUCUGCAAGCAGUUCCGAAUAAAACAGGCUUCCAGACAGUUCCAGUCAAUUCUGCAAGAAAGACAAUCACUCCCUGCGUGGGAAGAAAGAGAAACCAUUCUUAAAUUGUUGAGUGAGCACCAAGUGCUUGUUAUAAGUGGUAUGACUGGAUGUGGGAAAACCACACAGAUUCCUCAGUUUAUUCUGGAUGAUUCUCUGAGCGGACCACCUGAGAAGGUGGCUAACAUCAUCUGUACCCAGCCCCGACGAAUCUCAGCAAUAUCUGUUGCUGAACGUGUUGCUAAAGAAAGGACAGAAAGAGUGGGUCUGACUGUGGGGUACCAGAUCCGGCUGGAAAGUGUCAAGUCCUCAGCCACCAGACUGUUGUACUGCACCACAGGCGUGCUGCUGAGAAGGCUGGAAGGAGAUACAUCUCUCCAAGGAGUCACCCAUAUCAUUGUUGAUGAAGUUCAUGAGAGGACAGAAGAAAGUGACUUCUUGCUACUGGUUUUGAAGGACAUUGUGUUGCAGAGACCAAAUCUUCAAGUUAUUCUAAUGAGCGCAACUUUAAAUGCUGAACUCUUUUCAGAAUAUUUCAGUUCCUGCCCAGUUAUUACUAUACCAGGUCGUACAUUUCCUGUUGAUCAAUUUUUUCUGGAAGAUGCAAUUGCUGUGACAAGGUAUGUGUUACAAGACGGAAGCCCAUAUAUGCGCUCCAUGAAGCAGAUGACAAAGGAGAAGCUAAAAGCAAGGCGCAGCAGAACCGCAUUUGAAGAAGUAGAAGAAGACCUGAGGCUCUCUCUUCACCUCCAGCACCAGGACUCUGUCAAAGAUGCAGUGCCAGAUCAACAGUUAGAUUUUAAGCAGCUCCUGGCCCGCUAUAAAGGAGUUAGCAAAUCAGUCAUCAAAACAAUGUCCAUCAUGGAUUUUGAAAAGGUUAAUCUCGAAUUAAUAGAGGCCUUGUUAGAGUGGAUUGUAGAUGGAAAGCACUCCUACCCUCCAGGUGCUAUACUCGUAUUUUUACCGGGACUAGCAGAAAUCAAAAUGCUAUAUGAACAGCUACAAUCUAAUUCUCUUUUCAACAACAGACGCAGUCAUCGAUGUGUGGUUCACCCACUUCAUUCAUCUUUAUCCAGUGAAGAGCAGCAGGCUGUGUUUGUAAAACCCCCUGUGGGUGUUACUAAGAUUAUAAUUUCCACCAACAUUGCUGAGACAUCCAUAACCAUCGAUGAUGUUGUCUAUGUCAUUGAUUCUGGGAAAAUGAAAGAAAAGAGAUAUGAUGCCAGCAAAGGGAUGGAGAGCCUAGAGGAUACUUUUGUCUCUCAAGCCAAUGCUCUUCAAAGAAAAGGUCGAGCGGGCCGUGUUGCCUCUGGGGUCUGUUUCCACUUAUUCACCAGUCAUCACUUCAAUCACCAGCUUUUAAAGCAGCAGCUACCAGAAAUACAAAGAGUACCAUUAGAACAGCUGUGUCUGAGAAUUAAAAUUUUAGAGAUGUUUAGCACUCACAAUCUCCAGUCUGUGUUUUCUCGGCUCAUUGAGCCGCCGCACACUGACUCUCUCCGCGCCUCAAAAAUACGAUUACGAGACUUAGGAGCAUUAACUCCAGAUGAAAAGCUGACCCCCCUAGGGUAUCACUUGGCCUCUCUGCCCGUGGAUGUGAGAAUCGGCAAACUGAUGCUGUUUGGGUCUAUCUUCCGCUGUCUGGAUCCUGCCCUCACCAUUGCUGCCAGUUUGGCUUUUAAGUCUCCUUUUGUGUCUCCCUGGGAUAAAAAAGAGGAAGCUAACCAGAAAAAGCUAGAAUUUGCAUUUGCAAACAGUGACUAUCUGGCCCUUCUACGAGCAUAUAAGGGGUGGCAGCUAAGUAUGAAAGAAGGAAUGCGUGCAAGUUACAAUUACUGCAGACAAAACUUCUUGUCUGGAAGAGUUCUUCAGGAGAUGGCCAGCCUCAAACGACAAUUCACUGAACUGUUAUCAGAUAUAGGCUUUGUAAAGGAAGGACUCAGAGCAAGGGAAAUCGAGAAGAGGGCCCAAGGAGGAGAUGGUAUCUUGGACGCCACAGGAGAAGAGGCAAACUCAAAUGCUGAGAACCCCAAGCUGAUAUCAGCAAUGCUGUGUGCUGCUCUUUAUCCAAAUGUGGUGCAGGUGAAAAGCCCAGAAGGGAAAUUUCAGAAGACCAGUACCGGAGCAGUCAGAAUGCAACCAAAAUCAGAUGAGUUGAAGUUUGUCACCAAGAAUGAUGGAUACGUGCACAUUCACCCUUCUUCAGUGAACUACCAGGUCAGACACUUUGACAGCCCCUACCUGGUGUACCAUGAAAAGAUCAAAACCAGUCGGGUGUUCAUCCGAGACUGCAGUAUGGUGUCCGUGUACCCGCUGGUCUUGUUCGGAGGAGGCCAAGUGAGUGUGCAGCUUCAGAGAGGGGAGUUUGUUGUGUCCUUGGAUGAUGGUUGGAUCCGUUUUGCGGCUGCUUCCCAUCAGGUGGCUGAAUUAGUAAAGGAACUGCGUUGCGAACUUGACCAGCUCCUCCAGGAUAAGAUUAAAAACCCAAGCAUAGAUCUGUGUACAUGUCCGCGAGGAUCUCGGAUCAUCAGCACAAUUGUGAAACUUGUCACCACACAAUAAAGACCAGUCUUAGGAGAGUGCUUGCUACUCCCCUGCUUCUUGCUUACCUGGGAAAUAAUAGCAGCACCUCUACCUCCAACCAAGCUCUGUGCUGGGGCUGCCCUGGAGGGGCCCAGGCACUGCCCACUCAGCUGAGACACCACAUUCCCUUAGAGGAGUUUCCCAGACAGUGUUGUUAACAGCUCAGGGGCACUCCCAGCACAAUUUGGAGUGUCGAUGUGAGGCAGUCUCAAAACCAGCUUGCUGUCUUUUUCUCUGUGACUAUUCUGGGAUAAAUGAAAUUCCCCUCCUAAUACAAAAGUGAAUGUUUAAUACAAUUCUGUUUUAAUGUACGUAUUUGUUUUCUCUUGCUUUUUCCUGGGGUAAGAUAGGAGCAUGGGGAGAAAUACUGAAUGUUUUAUCUAUCAUAAAGGCUCAUCUGAAAGAAGUUAGAACAGAGGACAAAAAAAAAAAAUCAUGUGAACAAGAAAAAUUAAGAUUUCAUUUUAAGGCUAGGCUACAAAGUAAACUUAAACCUAAUUUCUGAGGGAUUUUUAUUUUUACUCAUUAAAAGUCGGCCUAAAAAAAACAACCUUGAAGAGCUCUUGUUAUUAAAUGCAAGCUGGUUUUAUACUUACCAUUCUUGUUCAGAAAAGCAGAACAAUCCAGGUGUCUUUGUUCUGUUUUCAGUUUUCCAAUUAGGAAUCUUUGCUCUCUCUUAGGAACAUGCUCAGAUCUAAUGGCCACAUUUCACGAUACCCAAAGGGGAAUUUUGAUGGUAUUCUCAUCCAACUUGGCAUAGUCGAAGUAGAAAAGGUUGCCACACUAGUGUCAGAUUUACAGCCAUAAAAAUAUCUUCCAUGAGACUGCUUAUUUUCAGCUGCCACUUAGGAGAAUGGGGAGCUAGCAUUUUUGAAAACUAUGAAUACAUUUACAUUUUCUCUGGACAUUUAUCAGUGUGGCUGGAAGAAUCCCGAAGAGCUGCAUAGAAAAAAUAUUCUUGUGUUUCUCUGGCGCCCAGGUAGAGUCACUACAGAUUUCAUAUUAUGGAUACAAUCCAAAUUAGUCAGCAAAACCAAUUCAGUGAAGGCUGUUCCCUUUUCAGCAUAUUACUUCAAAUGUUUAAGUUUUCAGAAAACCUCUCAGACUGUCCCAAAUGGCCAGUGUCAAGUGUGUUGAAGCUUUGGCAUGCUUGAAAUGUUUAGACUCUAAGUAGUAUUUUUAAGAGGCAUUAACUCAUGUCCUCACUUUAAGUAAAAAAACAUGGAUAUGCAUAGCACCCGCAGUAUUCAAGUUCUGACUUGCUAUUGAAACAAGGCUCAUGUUACAGAACCGCUCAGGAGAAAUGAAGGAGAAAACCGCACUAACCCUCUAAAACAUUUCUUAAACCAGUUUUGACUCUUGGUGCUAUAGUGGAGCUCGUGCUGGCUGCCCUAGCUGGAGCCAUCUGCCCAAGUGGACCUGCAGCUUCAACACAAGUUUGCAGCAGAGCGUACAGCGGGGCGAUAAACAACAGAACUUUCCAUUCAAAGUGCUGCGAAAUCGUUCCCCUCGAGGAAGUUAUUCUUGGGCUUGUUACUUGCAGCCACAUACAAACGCACAAGUCAUUUCACAGAUGUGCCAGAAAGAUUGGAAAAGAUUGGGAAGCCUUGAUUGAAGACACUGAAUAAGAAAAUCCUCCCCCACCCCCAAAACUGAACUUCGUAAGCCCCCUCAUUAAAAUUAUGAAAUAAGUGAAACGGGAUUACUUCUUCGCAAUUGAAGAUCAGAAUGUAGUAUAGCAUUUCAAGGUGAAACCAGAUGUCUAAACCCCAGAAAGAUGGUAAGCACUUCAUGUUAAUUGUAUGGAGAAUUCUGUAAAUGUUUCUUACAUAUUUGUUUUACCUUUACUGGAAUCUAGCUAGGAAACAAUAUUGGUAAAGUACUUGCUACAGAAGUAGUCCCCUCGUGUUGCAGUCUGUGUCAGUGGGGAGUUCUCAGGAGAUGAAAACAAGGUAAACAUUCUUGCAGAGGUGGUCAUAGGUUGGCAAAGCAUUAGGUUGGUCUUCUUCCUACUUGAGUUCCAUAUCUGAAUAUUACAAUUCAAACUCUCUGACAAGUAGUGAACUUUGGUCUUUAUCCUCCCAUUCUGUUAGUGAGCAGUUUAAAUAAUAUGCCAAAGCACACAGCCUGUGGAUCUGUAGGCAUAUAUGGUAAAUGUUCUUUUUCCUUUCUGGGCAAUGGUUUUAAUAUAUCCCUAAGAGGUUAUCAUAAAAUAAGACCUUGUGAAAGUACUUUGUAAAAUUAAAAUGUAGCAAAUGUAAGCAAAUUGGGACCAAGGGUGUGGUUUUCAGAUGCAGCCCAGGCUGGCUUUUUGAAAACUGCAUUCUGUCUUGUUCUCUCAAUUGCUGGGCUGAGCUGGGGAGCUCAGGCGUCACAUUCUUGACAUUGUCCUUUGUGUGUCACCUAAUUGCCACAUAAAUAAAGAUCCCUGGGGGCAGCAGAAUUAUAUUAUGUUCAUGGUGCCAUUGUACGUAAGCCUAUGUAUAUUCUGGUGGUUUCCUCCUAAGUCCUGCUAGAAUUAGGCAUAAUUCCCAGGGUUUAUUUUCUCCCAAAGUGGGGCGUGGGGGGGGGGGGAGAACUUGCUUAAAAUAUUUAGCCAGUUAAUAAAUACAGAGUGAGCUGUUGUUUUCAGAAGUUAGAUCUUGAUCCUGAAACUGUCAGUAUUUGAGUAUUCACAGGACAGUGCCUCAGGUGGAAACACUGUAGAAACAGCUCAGUCUAUUGCCACAGCAGUCGUUUCAGACUGUUCCAGAGUGACAGGCUUCUUCGUGUCUUUUUAGUCUUAUGCAUGUAAAGCUAUGUAAUGACUGUGUAAACCAUUAACCACAGUGAGUCAUUAACAGAAGAGACCUUUUUCUUGCCAUUUAUAAGUUAUUAUCCCUAAAGUGAUUUAUCAAAGAGAUUGGUCUUAAAUAGGAUUUAUAGCCAAUCAUUAAUCUUCAAAGUGCUUUAAAAUCUUAGAUGUCUUAAUAAUUUGUUCUGUCAAAGAGCAGAGACAAGGAGUUCUGUUGGAGAAUCACUCGCUUGAUACUCUUUAGGAAAGAUACAGGACAGCAGCCUAAACAUGAACUUGUCCCCACAGACAGUUCAGCCUCUGCCCCAUCUUUGCCCGUGGGGCCAUCCCCGAGUCUACUCCUGAGUCGGUUCCAACCCAGCUGAUUGAGUAUAUAAGCUAGGACAUAGUGCCCCAGUGAGAUAGCUACAGGAGAAUGGCUUAGAUUCAUUCACUGGAUUUCCUACCUAUAUUUCAACUUUUUAGGAAAAAAACAAAUUGCAACAAAGACAGUAUGAGGGAUUUGUUUGAAAAGGCAAUUUCCCCAGGGGUGCCUGGGUGGCUCUAGUCAUGAUCUUGGGAUGAGGAGAUGGAGCCCCGUGUCGGGCUCCAUGCUCAGUGUGAAGUUCACUUGAGAUUGUCUCUCUCUCUCUCCCUCUGCCCCUCCUCCCAAUCAUGGGUUCUCUCUCUCUCUCAACAAAUAAUCUUUUAAAAAGUAGGGGGCAACUUCCCAUAAAUACCAACAAUGAAAAUCAGUGUUUAGGAUGAUGAUCCUGACAUUAUAAAUAACGAUAUUCCUAAAUAUGGUGCAAUUAUAUAUUUAAUAAAUAUUUUCAACAGAAGCAUUUCAAACAGGUUUUUAAAAUUAUUAUUCCUUAUGCAGAUUCCUGCAUAAUCCUUAUAACACAGUUACUGCUACCUCCAACCUGGGUUUUACUGAAAAUGGCCUAAAGGAGUUUAUUUUCCUUCCAUGUUGAAUGAACUUAUUUUAUGAAAGGGAGAUUAUCCAUGGCCAAUUUUCUUCUACAAUGAUUCAAGACAGGAUAACAUAGCCAAAAAGACUCAUUUACUUCCUGAGAGUCCCCUUGUGGUAAGUUUUGCCUCAUUCCAUCCUUAACUUUCAAAUGUAUUAAAACAAAAGUUGUGUUAACCUUUCAAGUAAGACUGUAUUUGUCCAGAGGUUGAUAACUACAAUACAGGAUCUUAUCAUGUACAAAGACUAUAAAGAAGUUUUCUCAUAAGAGAAAAUGUAUAUUUUACUUGUUUUAAACCAGUGGUUCUCAACUGGAAGCAAUUUUGCCCACCAGGGGACAUUUGGCAGUAUCUUGGAGAUGUCACCGCUGAAUGGGGGAUUGGGGUAUACUCCCAGCAUCUAGUGGUUAGAAGCCAGAGAUGCUGCUAAAUAUCCUACAAGGCACAGGAUCCGCCACCCCCCUCAACAAAAAAUUAUUCGGUUCAAAUCAUCAGUAGUGCCAAGGUGGAGAAAAUCUAAACAAAAUGAGAUAGGUAACUACUUAAAAAGUCUAUUAAUUAGAUACAAAUUAUGCCCAUAGUUGUCUCUGAAAAUUAUGCCCAAAUCAACUCUAAUAAACAUGUACUGUGUGCAUAAGAGCUUAUGAAUCCAUCAUGUUGUUACCAAAAUACAGUGCUUAAUAAUUUGAGGAAAUUAUAUGUACAAAUGGGAAAAACCAUGCACACCCAGAUGGGUAGGGAUAUAUAUAUAUAUAUAUAUAUAUAUAUAUAUAUUUUGAGUUUAUUUAUUUGAGAGAGCAGCGAGAGAGAGCACAAGUGGGGGAAAGGGAGAAGCAGGCUCCCUGCUGAGCAGGAAGCCUGAUGUGAGGCUCCAUCCCAGGACCCUGGGAUCAUGACCUGAGCCAAAGGGAGAUGCUCAACCAACUGAGUCACCCAGGUGCCCUGGGAUAUGUUUAUUUUAAAAACAUGUUCUACCAUUAAAUUUAGUUUUUAUAAAUAUCACUUAUUUUGAAAAUGUGAAAAGUUAAAACAUGGUUUUUGAAAAUACAAUUUGUAUAUGACACUCAUAUUGCUAAUGUUUUUCACUGCAAAACUGAAAUUCUCCCGUGUAGGCCCACAUUAAGAUGUCUGAAAUGUGCACACCCUUACUUUAUCUUUCUGUUAUUUGAACAGAGUCCAACUUAGUAGACUUUGGCCAAUAUGGUAUAACACAAAUAGGGUUUUAAGAAGGGGGAUGGGAGUAUAUAGCUCUCUAGGUAGAUAACUGUAAAAUGUUGAAAUCUAACAUGAAGUCUCAUUGGGAACUGUAAUUUCUAGGCUCAGUAACCCUUCUACAGUUUGAGCUGGAAAAAAAAAAUCAGUUUGUUUUAGGACUUGAUUAUUAGCAAGAUUACCAGACUGAAAAUCAAAGAUACAUUAUGCUCUUUAGAAGACAGAUGUCCUUACAAAUCAGGGGCCAUGCUAUAUCAUGGGCACCAAGGAACUAUCCCAUAUGAGGAGGAAACUAAUCCAUUGACUAUAGACGCAAAACAAAACAAUCUGUAAUCAUAGACGUUGCUGUUAAUGCUACCCUUCUGUCUCUGAAAUUCACCUGUGCACUUUCCCCUUUAAACUCCAGCUGUCCCCAUUAUUUCUGGCCCAUAAAUCUUUAUACCACCCUUUUCCAUAGUAAGCAUGGCGAAGAUUAAUUGAAGCAUGCAAUCUGAUUAGUUAAGAGGGAGGCUGAUGGUCCAGUUUAUAACUAAUGUGUACUACAUGGCUAGUUUGAGACCCAUACUGGGGUUGCAGACAUUCAUCCGACAUUUAUGCUCGUAAUUUCAAUAUAACCAACAUUUUAAGCAGGUGCUAUGUGCCAGCCACCCUAGGAAGUCAGGAUAUAAACAGGAACAAAGGAGAAAUAGGACAAUGGAGAAAUAAAGUUUCCUUGAAUAAAUUCAAUCAGGAGCAUAAUUUACCCCCUGCAAGAGCCUUUGAAGGUUCUAAAGAAACUAGAUGGCCUAUUUGUUGACAUUAAAGGAAGGAUACUAAUGGCUUUAAGUCUUUUAUUCUGCUUUUGAAAGAUCUCAUCUCAUUCAGCAAUUACGUGUGCUUUUUUUUUUUUUAAGAUUUUAUUUAUUGAGAGAGAGUGUGCAAGUGAGAGAGGGAGAGAAAGCAUGAGCAGUGGGAUUGGGAGAGAGACAGACUCCCUGCUGAGCAGAGAGCCUGCUGUGGGGCUUGAUCCCAGGACUGACCCCAGGAUCAUGACCUAAAGCAAUGCUUAAUCGACUAAGCCACCCAGGCACCCCUAGGUGUGCUUCUUUAAACACUGUAAGGGGAAAUAGGUGGAAGGAGAAAGGGGAGAAAAAAAAAAAAAACACAUUGUGAGGAAACUUCUGUAUAUCACCAAAGAAGUAGCUGUAGGGAAUAAAUGUAUGGUUUACGUCCUCUUGAAAAUGUAUUUGAGGGUGCCUGGGUGAAUAAUUUGGUUAAGCACCUGACUCUUGGUUUUGGCUCAGGUCAUGAUCUCAUGGGUUGUUAGAUAAAGCCCCACCUCAGGCUCUGUGCUCAGGGAGGAAUCUGCUUGAGAUUCUCUCCCUCUGCCCCUCCCGCCAAUCAUAUGCGCUCUCCCUCUAAAAUAAACAAAUGUUUAAAAUUAGAAAAAAAAAAAAAAAAAAAGAAAGUCUAUGUGAGGGCAGCCCGGGUGGCUCAGCGGUUUAGCACCGCCUUCAGCCGAGGGUGUGAUCCUGGAGACCCCGGAUCGAGUCCCACGUCGGGCUCCCUGCAUGGAGCCUUCUUCUCCCUCUCCCUGUGUCUCUGCCUCUCUCUCUCUCUCUCUGUCUCUGUCUCUCAUGAAUAAAUAAAAUAUUUUUUAAAAAGUCUAUGCGACCUUAAGUUAGGCAAAGAAUUCUUAGCUACAAACACAAAAAGCAUGAUAGGUAACAUAAAACAAAUUAUAAAUCAUACUUAGUCAAUUUCUUAAACUUCUGCAGUUCAAAAACAUCGAGAAAAUAUAAGACAAGCCACAGACUGGGAGGAAAUAUUGGUAAAUUAUAUUUUGAUAAAGCACUUGUAUCUAGAAUUGUAUAUCUAGAAAUAUAUGUUUAAGACCUCUUACAACUCAAGUAGAAAACUCAGUUUUUAAAAUGGGCAAAAUACUUGAGUAAACAUUUCACCAAGGAUAUACAAAUGAGUUAAUAAGCACAUGAAAAGAUGCUCAACCUCAUUAGUCUUUAGAGAAAUUCAAAUGAAAACCACAGGGAGAUACUACUUCAUAACCUCUAGAAUCACACAUAACAGGUACUGAUAAGGGUGCAGAGAAACUGGAGCCCUCAUUACAUUACUGAUGGCACAUAAAAUGGUGUGGCUAUAUUAGAACAUAGCUUGAGUUUCUUAAAAAGUUAAACAUAAUUUAUCAUAUAAUCCAGUGACUCCACUCCUAGGUUAUUUCACAAGAGAAAUGAAAAUAUAUGUCCACACAAAGGUUUUUCACAAAUAUUCACAGCAGCAUUAUUCACAAUAGCUCCAAACUGGGAACAAUCCAAAUAUCCAUGGUGACUGAAUAAACAAAAAGGAGUAUAUUCACAAUAGGAUAUUAUCCAGUCAUAAAAAGGAACCUGUGACACAUGCUACAACAUGCAUGAAUUUCAAAAACAUAAUGCUAAGUGAGAGAAGCUAGACACCAAGACCACAUAUGGUAUGAUUCCAUUUAUAUGAAAUGUACAGAAAUGUAAAAGCUACAGAUACAAAAAAUUAGUGGUUGCCUGGGACUGAGAGUGGGAAUGGGAAUUCAUUGCAAAUGAGAUACAGACUCUUGUGAGGAUGGAAAUGUUUAAAAAAAAAAAAAUAAAGGAUUGUGGUGAUGACUGCACAACUCUAAAUGUAGUAAAGAUCACUGAUAUCUAUACUUCAAGUGGAUGAAUUUUAUGGUAUGUUAAUAAUACCUCUCAAUAAAGUUCUUUUUAAAAAUA